AUGCGGGGCGCUCGCAAGCGGCUGUGCUCCGCCUUGAUCGUCGCUUACGGCCUCUUCUCCCUCUAUGCGGCCUACACCGUCUUCCUUCGACCCCGCCGCCCGUCCACCCCUCGCCCGUCGCACCGGGACCGGCGCGGCCCGCGAGGUAAGAGCAAUAAUGCUGCCUUGGGAAAUGAAGAGUGGAAUCCGUGGGAAGUGGACGAGAAAAAUGAAGUGGUUGCUUCUCAGCAGAGAUAUGAAGCUAAUCUUAAGAUGAUAAAAAAAGCAAGCUCUCACCUAGAACAAACCAGUCUUAGAGUACAGAUUUGGGGCAAAGCAGCAAUUGGUCUUUACCUUUGGCAGCAUAUUUUUGAAGGGCAGCUUGAGCCACCUGAUGUGACUGCACAGUGGAGAGAAGGAAGCCAAAAGGCAGGAAAAACAUAUUUCAGCUUCAUCAGUGGUCCAUCUGUGGUUCCUGGCUACUUCGCUGUUGAAGCUGAAAACGUUGUGCUAGUGCUGAAUGGAAGAGAAGCAGCGAAGAUCGCUUACGCCACCCAGUGGCUGCAUUACGCACGGACGUUAAUUCAGACUCGCAAAAUACAGCGUGUAGCGGUCGUGCUGCUUGGAAAUGAGCAGUGCAACAAUGAAUGGAUUCAGCCAUACCUGAAAAGAAACGGAGGAUUUGUAAAUCUGCUCUUCAUUACAUAUGACUAUGCGUUAGUAAAUGAAGAAGAUAUUUUCCAGUGGCCUUUAGGAGUAGCUACCUACAGAAACUUUCCAGUUGUAGAACCCAGCUGGUCAAUGCUGCGUGAUCCAAGACCCUAUCUGUGUAAUUUCUUAGGAACAGUUUAUAAGAACUCUUCUAGGGAAAUCCUAAUGGAAGUUCUGAGGCAGGAUGGAUUUAACAAGCUUUGCUGGAUUGCAGCCAGAGAACAGUGGCAGCCUCAAGAAACAAAUGAAAGUUUCAAGAAUUAUCAAGAUGCCUUGCUGCAGAGUGAUUUGACAUUGUGCCCAGUGGGAAUAAAUACAGAAUGCUAUAGAAUUUAUGAAGCUUGUUCAUACGGUUCCCUGCCUGUUGUAGAAGAUGUAAUGACACCCGGUGAUUGCGGAAAUUCAUCAAUGUGCCACAGUGCUCCGUUACAAUUACUAAAAACCAUGGGGGCUCCAUUUAUCUUUAUCAAAAACUGGAAAGAGCUUCCUGCUGUUCUAGAGAAGGAAAAAAAAAUGAGUUUACAAGAAAAGACGGAAAGGAGAAAAAAGCUUUUAGAAUGGUAUCAAAACUUCAAAGCAUCGAUGAGACACAAAUUCGUUAAUACUUUGGAAAAUUCAUUUUUAUCUGGUGAUAAAGGAUAAAUUAUCCCUUUCGAAAAUA